AUUUCAUUCAAUUUCUUCUAAGGUAGAAUUGGAAGAGAAUUACCAGAGAAAUGUUUCAGUGUUUUUAAUGUAGGCAGUGUUGUUGAAGUCGUGUCAGUCCCAGGAUAUUAGAGAGACAAAGUGGGUGAGGUCAUAUCUUUUAUUGGACCAAAUUCUCUCACCAACAGAAGCUGGUCCAAGAAAAGACAUUACCUCACCCACCUUGUGUCCCUCAGCACUUUUAAUGACACAGGAACUGGAAUCUCUUACGUUUAGAUCUAAUGGUCAAAAAGGCAGGUUUUAUGGCAUUCAGUAAAAAUAAGAAAACUGAAAUGUCUCAUUUCACAGUGAAAUUAAACUGUUUGUGGUAACUGGAAACACCUUUAGGCUCCUUAUGGUGUCAAAGUCAUUGGCUGCUAAGAAUUGGACCCAAGCCAUCCUUUCAGACCUUUGCCAUCUCACAGCGAUGGAUAAUGGUGGAUAUAUGUACCAGGGAACAGUAUAUGGUCACAAACCAGUAGUAUUUGAAAAAAUCAAAUAAAUUAAAAUUGGCUUCCAAAAAUCAAAAUUAAAAUAUUUCCAAAUUGUGUCUCAUGCAGCUGUGCCUCUUCAAAACUGAGCGUUUCCCUGCUUCUUACAGCUUGCUGUAUUCUAGAACUGCUGUGUUUCUGCACUUGAUUGCAACUUUAAAUAUCUGAUCAGAGCUACAAGUUGUUCUUUACAAUAUGGAUAUCAGACUAUGCAUACUUUGUAUAAAUAUGGAUAUACUGUAUGCAUGUACAUACAUGUGUAUAUUUAUGUGCCCAAUCCAAACUUGCCCAUAUUAUAAAGCAUUGGCCUGAAAGUGUAUUUGUGACACUUUUUAUAACCCCUCAAUUUUUGCUGUUUCCCCCAAAUUGAGACACUUUAUGAUGCAUUUAUGAUGUCACUUAAGUGACAAAUAGCCCAAAUAUAUCAUUUUUAUUACCACGUUUGAAUAUAUUGGUGUGUGUGUAUAAACACAUUUGUAUAUAUGUAUAUACAUAUGUAUGUUUAUACAUACAAGUAUGUUUUUGCUAUACAGGUAAUAAAGAUGGGGGAAGGUUUUUGUGUUUUCUUAAUAGGUGAAGAAAUCUUGAAGACCAGAAAUUGGAACUUAUUGAGUUUUAAAUUAAAAAAAAAAAAAAAUUUAAACUGUCCGGCUGUGGAAGAUGGAUCUUCAUUUUUGCAGCCACUUUGACUCACAAGUUCAUCUUUAAAUGAACUGUUUUUUGAAGAGCUAACUAACCCUCGCUGUCUCCAGUCUGACAGAGAGUAUUUGAAUGGACUUGCUUCCUCCAGUAGUUGUAAGAUGUUUAAAAGCACAGCCUGUGUCUGAAUUGUGGAUGAGAUUUCCUUGGCAAUGUGAGGAGAAAAUUCUUUCUAUCCCUUUAUUAUUAAUUCACGGAUUGAGUGUUGGUUCGGCCUACAGGAGAAAUUAAUUGGAAGUCUUUGAAGACCAACGUUCUUGCCGAGGUUAUCCAGGUUACUUUUUAAAGAAGAUUUCACUGAUCACGUCUGAAGAAGAACGGGUGAAGCCCAUUUUCACUAAGAGAGGAAGAAGUCUGUGCGGAGCAAUAACCCUGAUAACUUAAGCUUGUUCUAACAAUCUGUCCAGCAUGUCUAAACAAGGAGAUGAUUGCUACUUCUAUUUCUAUUCCACCUGUACCAAGGGGGAUGGUUGUCCCUUUCGUCACUGUGAAGCUGCACUCGGAAACGAGACUGUCUGCACACUCUGGCAGGAAGGGCGCUGCUUCAGGAGUAUUUGCAGGUUUAGGCAUAUGGAGAUUGAUAAAAAACGCAGUGAGAUCCCUUGCUACUGGGAGAACCAGCCAGUUGGCUGUAAGAAAUUAAAUUGCGCUUUCCAUCACAACAAGGGACGCUACGUUGAUGGACUCUUUCUACCUCCAAGCAAAACUGUGUUGCCAAGUAUGACUGAGUGUGUAGAAGAGGAGGUGAAGGUGACCCAGAUCUCGCUGCAGCAGAAUAAACUGUCUGUCCAGUCCAACCCCUCCCCCCAGCUGCGGGGGGUGAUGAAAGUGGAAAACUCUGAAAACGUCCCCAGCCCCACUCAUCCUCCAGUCGUAAUCAAUGCUGCAGAUGAUGAUGAAGAUGAUGAUGAUCAGCUUUCUGAAGAAGGAGAUGAAACUAAAACACCUGUUCAGCAGCCAGCUACAGAAACCCAUAAUGGAUUGCGGAUAAUUUCUACUCGGAAAUCCAGUGCUAAUUCAAAACAAGAUAACAGUUUGAAUUUUGGAAUAAAAACACUUGAAGAAAUCAAGUCCAAAAAAAUGAAGGAAAAAUCACAAAAACAAGGUGAAGGCCCCUCUGGAGUUUCCGUUUAUCCACUCCAAUCCCAGACCAUUCCUGGUCCGGAAAAGGAAAACCUACGGACGGUGAUCAGGACUGUAACCUUAUCUGCAAAGCAAGGUGAGGAGCCUCUAAUUCGAUUGAGUCUCUCGGAGAGACUGGGAAAACGGAAACCCUCCAUAGAUGAAAGUGGCCCUCCAUUGAAGCGUAGCCUUGCUGAAAGGCUUGGAAAGAAGCUUGAAUCUCUGGAGAAGACUGACAAAGCACCAAAGAGAGUUCAAGUCCCCAAAUCUCUUAAGGAGAGGCUAGGAUUGCCAGCUGAGCAGGCUAGCACGGAGACAGAGGGAGCUGCAAAACAAGCAGGUGAGAUCCGUGUGAAAACACUAGAGGAAAUCCGUCUUGAGAAAGCCAGCCAGAAACGGGGAGAACCUCAAACCAAACCCAAGACUGAAGAGUCUUGUAGAACAGAAGAUCCUAAUCCAAGGGUGAGACCCUCCCCAACAAUUCGAAUCAAAACCUUUUCUGAGGUCCUGGCUGAGAAAAAAAACAGGCAGUUGGGGGAGGAAGAGCAGCUAAAAAUGGAGGAAAAGCUAAAAGCGGAGGAAAACCCUACGAAGCCGAAGACUGAGAGUGAGACCAAGAAGCAGGACACCACAGCUCCAUCUAUAGCCAGCAAAGGGCAGCUGGAGCAGUCCACAGGCAAAGCCAUGUCAAUAGGGGAGGUGCGCAUUAAAACAUUGGAGGAGAUCAAGCAGGAGAAAGCCCUGAGGAUGCAGCAGAGUGGAGAGAACACCCUAAAUACGCCACCGCAACCUGAGCUUACUCCCAUCGGCAGGCGAUUACUGCGCAUUACAAAGCUGACAGCACCUGGAAGAGAAGAAAAGAAGUUGGUGGAGUCAAGCGUUCCGCCCCUCAGUGUUGGCCCAGCAGACAAGGCUGCAGAGUUUUCAGAUGAGAGUGCAAGCAACUCUAUGGCUCAAAUGAAGAGUUCUGAAGAAAUCCUGAGGGAGAAGCGGCAGCUGAAGCCACGGCAGAAGGAGACGCUCCAGAAGGAAAUACCUGCUGUGUCGUCCCCUGGAGAAGAAACAAUUGAAGAGAAGAGCCCAGUGGCUGGAAGUCCUGAAUCCACAGUGACACCUGGGGCAACUCGUCGGCUGACAAAGAGACUGACUGUGAAAGCAGAGGAAGCCGUGAUGGAAAGUCCAGGAACGGAGGGUUCAGUACUGCCAGUGAAACAAGCAGCUCAGUCUCUGGAGCGAAAGGCUAAAGCCAAACCCAAGGUGAAUGUGAAGCCAUCAGGCGUAAAAACGAUCUCCCCUGCAAAGCAGGCCCUGAAACGUAAGGUGGCUGAAAGUCAUCCUUCUGCCAUAGCAGCUGUGAAACCACUAAGCACCACCAGCAGUGACUUGAAGGAGCUCCCGGCUAAAAAAGCAGCUAUGACUACUGUUCUAGCCCUGCCAGAGGAUAGUCCGGCCACUGUACCAGAGAGAGCAAAAUCCAGAGACAGCCCUGAGCUCCACAUAGGAAGCCAAGCAGCCUCUGUGGCUCAAUCAGAGAUGACAAGCCCAACCUCUUCACAGGCAGCAGUAAAGACCCGCAGGCUGAGUUCCAACGCAGCUGGGAAAGCACCCUUGUCCGUAGAAGAUGACUUUGAGAAGCUGAUUUGGGAAAUCUCUGGAGGCAAACUGGAAGCAGAGAUUGAUCUGGAUGCAGGAAAAGAUGAGGAUGACCUCCUGCUUGAACUAUCUGAAAUGAUUGACAGCUGAACCAGACUUAUACUUAUCUUUUAAAACAAAAAACAUUUUAAACUCUAUUUUGUUGGAUACCCAAGAUAAACCUUUUUCUUCUAUAUGAGGCUUUGCCACAAGUCUUCAAGUACACUUGAACUGGUAGAAAUUGGCAAUAUCUGCACUCAAUUGUCGUUAAUUUCCCUGCCCGUAAGAGUUAACCUGUAUACCCAUCCUGUUACCAUACGUGGCUAUUUUGAAUAUGUGAAGACAAAGCACUUCACAGUUUCAGGCCAGAAUGAUCCUGGAGCCCAUCUAUAAAGCCUGGGGGUAUAAACUUCUUCCACUGAUUCAAGGCUGUGAAGGCUUUAAAAAAAAAAAAAAAAAAAAAAAAAACGUUUUUCUCAGCAAGGUGUGCAAAACUCAGUGAGUGUGUUUCAAAGCUUUCUUUUGCUUUGUUUUCUUGAAUGGCCUCGAAUUACUAUGUCAACUCUUGAGUUGUAUUUGUCCUUACCUUCUUGUUUUAAGAUUCUAGGUGAAAAUUAAUGAAAAGGAUAAUUACUACAGUAAUGUGGGCCAAACGUACUGCCAAAGGUGCGGGAUUGGGUUAGUCCAUCCAGCCUUACUUCCUUUUACUUAUCAGGGACAAUACAAUAUCAGUAUGGAAAGCAGCAGCAUACAGUACAUGAAGACUGCCUUUCUCCCUUUGAAUCCUACUGUACUAAAUCUUGAGGGGUUGGUACUUUUUGUUGACUGAAUAAGGUCCUGGGGCAAGUGGUGUAAGCCCUCAUGGUCUGCUGCACAUCAGUAAAUUGAAAAUGGGUCUUAAAAGUGCCUCUCAUUUCCACGAAUCUCUUCCUUCUUCUGCUGACUUUUCUUCUACUGGAAAGCAGUAGCUGCUGGCACUGAUGGGAAAACACUUUCAGCUUUCUUUGAACCCCAAUUCGCUGUAUAGGCUUGUCUGAUUUGAUGUAGCACUAUGCUGGAAUUCAGCCAAUAAGAAGCAUUUGUCAAGUCAGGCAAGUCCUAGAAAAGUGUUCUACAGCGGUCAGAGCAAACUCUGUGUCCUCUCCUGUCCUGUGGAUACCUUUCUUUCUUCUCACCCUUCAUUUCUCUAUAAUUCCAUCCUCCUCCUCCUCUGCCUGAACUAAUCAUUUAGGAAGUACAUACCUGGGGUUGGGAUGUUAGGAAAACUAGUCCUCUGUGCUUGACAGUCCAUUUGCCUGAACUGUGUACAUGGAAUCUUGCUGUGACCCCGCAGUAAACGGUUGAGAUUGGGGUGUAUUGUGUUUCCCAUCACCUAUGUUCAUUUUGACCAUGAGUUUUUUUAUUUUAUUUUUUUUAAUUUUCUUAAACUUUCAACAAGCUAGUCCCUUCUGACUUUGAGCUGUGAGGAUAUAGGUGUGGCAAGCUUCUGCUGCUGGCAGGCUUAAAAAAAAAGUUUAAUUGUAUUGUAAAUAUUUUGUCUUUGGAAGAAAACACGUACAUGAUUUGGUAAUCCACUGUGAUGUCUUAGUUCUUAUAGGGAAGAUUUGAACCAAAACCAAUUUUUAAAUUAAAAAGCCCACUCCUGAAAAAACUGCUGUUAUAGUUCUAGGAGGGACACCACGCAGGAAGCUUCAUCCCGAAGAAGCUGAAAAGCAACAACCCUCCAUCCUGCUGAAGGACUUUUCACAAUGAGACUUCAGGUUGCUUGUGCACAAAUGGAAGCAACUUUCAGAGAGAGAGAGAGAGAGAUGUAUGAGAGAUUGUGAUCUAAAAAAAUUUUCCCUGCUGCUUGUUAUCUCGCUGUGUUUAAGCAGAAUAUUCUGUUCCAUUGUCAGCUUUGUUCACUUCCUUCUCUGGAUGAGAAGUCCUGUCUACGAAGGCCGAAUUUUGUGUAUGCCAUUACUUCUGUAAAUAUUUUAUUCUCUCAUUUUCUAUUUAGUUUGUAUUUAAAGCAUUGUCUUACAUGUAAUCUGAAUCAUACAUGUUCACCAUGAGUUGGGCUGUUCAUGAAAAACAUUACUCUUGUUUUUAAAUAAAGCUGAUGUAGGAAGUCUUA